AUGGAGCCCUUCCCUGCUGUGGAAGACGCACAUGGCUAUCCCUCGUGUACUGCUAACCCUCCAGUCUCAAAUAGAGAACCCCAACGCUCCAACACCGUCUCUUCAAUCACCACUUGCCGCCUGCAAAGUGCCUCCCUGAGGUUCCUGGUAUCAAACCCUCCCACGGGCAUGUGGAUGGCUACAGGGGAUAUCAUUUCUCGUGCACCCACUCUUAAUGAGAUCCGUACUGGCUGCUUCAGCACUGAUGGCUGGACGGAGGAAGGCCAGUUGGAAUGGAGAGGCAGCACUCCCCAUGAUAUCCAGAGAAGGAAAUUGUCCCGGGCUAAUACCCUGGCAGCAUGUGCUUUUUCUGCUUCUGCUGCCCGUGACAGUGUCCUCGGCCCCCAAAACACGCAGCUGGAUUUCCUGAGGGAACAUGAAGCGCAACUACGGCGCGCCUCCACCGAUCCGGUCCGUAACCCUGACUUGUGCAGAAUAUCGGAAAUGGGACCAAACCAACAACCACAACAACUACAACAAGUUGGUUUCGGAAAGGCAGGAGGCUCUGCUGAUGCCAUCGAGGCGAAAAAGGAAUCCCCACAGGAGAUGGGAAAGCCCACUCUUUCUGAUACUCCCUCCUCUGCUCCCCCCGUCCCCGAUGUAGCUGGCAGAUACCCCAACGGUUAUCGCUUCCCACCGAAACACACAUGGAAAGAAGCCAUAGUAAUCGGCCUGAAGGCUUUUGGUAACUUCAUAAUAACCCCCUUCGGUUUCUUCGUUACAAUCUACGGCCUCAACAUCGUUGCCUGGGGUGCAAUGAUAUUCUUCCUCCUCCUCAAUGCCGCGCCGGCAAUGUGUAACCCAUCAUGCACGGCGCCUGACUCUCCAAGACAAAUGUGGAUAGAAAUCGACUCCCAGAUUCUCAACGCCCUCUUCUGCGUUACGGGCUUCGGCCUCAUUCCCUGGCGCUUCAGGGACUUCUGCUACCUCCUUCAAUGGCGGCUGAUGAACUCUCACACCGCCCUCCGCAAGCUGGCAGGCAUCCAUAGAGCUUGGUUCAGGUUAGCCAACAGCGAUAAACUGCCCGAUGAUAUCGGCCCUCCCCCCGUCUACUCUUCCUCACCGUCAUCUACAACCAACAGCAAUAUCCCAGCACACAAUCUCUCCGAACUCCAAUCCAACCCCGCCCUCCCACUCCCACCCUCCUCCAUCCCCCCAGCCCCUCUAACGGGCGCCCGCGCACCACCGACAAAACCCUAUCUCCUCGACCUCCUCGUCUGGAUGUACGUGAUCAACACAGCUCUGCAAGCCUGUCUGGCAGGCAUAAUGUGGGGGUUUAACCGGUUUACGCGACCUGGUUGGGCGGUGGGGUUCCUCGUUGCUGCGGGCUCUGUGACCGGCAUGGUUGCGGGAGGGAUUACGUUUUGGGAAGGGAAAAGGGUGAAGAUGGUUGAGGGGGUUCCGGUUGAAAUGGUAGAAGAUGAAGAUGAGGAAUCGGGGGCUGCUGGGGAGAGGGGACGGGGUGGGGAACAAGAUGCGUUUGAGAGGAGAAGAAAGUUGGCUUCUAGGCGGCGGACGAAGAGUUGGAAGAGGCAGGCGAACUGGUAUCGGCGGAUUUGA